AUGGCCAGAACCUUGUGUCCACUGCGUGUCCUCUGGCUCCUGGGGUGGACACUGCUGUGCUUAGGACCCUUCGGUAUCCUCCCAACCUGGGCAUUGAACCUGGACUCAGUGCACAUCACCACCUACACAGGCCCCAAUGGCAGCCAUUUUGGGUUUUCAUUGGAUUUCUACAAGGACAGCCGUGGAAGCGUGGCGAUCGUGGUGGGUGCCCCUCGGACCAUGGGCCGCAGUCAGGAGGAGACCGGAGGUGUGUUUCUGUGUCCCUGGAGGACCGAGGGCGCUGAGUGCAGCUCGCUGUCCUUUGAUCUCAGGGAUGAGACCCAAAGAGUGGACUACCAAACGUUCCAAACCUUCAAGGCCAGACAAGGAUUGGGGGCUACAGUCGUCAGUUGGAGCGACAACAUAGUGGCCUGUGCCCCCUGGCAGCACUGGAAUGUGGUAGAAAAGACCGAUGAGGCCGAGAAGUCCCCAGUAGGUGGCUGUUUUUUGGCUCAGCUCCAAAGCAGCGGCCGUGUAGAAUUCUCACCCUGCCGGGCCAACACCAUGAGCCAAGUUUAUGUCCUAAUAGGCAACAGUAGAGACAGGCGAGGCUGUGAAGCGGGUUUCAGCGCGGUGGUCAGCCAGGACGGAGAGCUGGUACUUGGAGCCCCCGGUGGCUACUACUUUUUAGGCUUCCUGGUCCGGGCUCCAAUUGCGAAUAUCAUCUCGAGUUACCAUCCAGGCACCCUCUUGUGGCACGUUCCCCAUCAGCACUUCACCCACGACUUUACCCAAGAAGAGUUCUUGGACAGCUACCGGGGGUACUCCCUGGCGUUGGGCGAGUUUGACGGGAAUCCCAACACAACAGAGUAUGUCUUUGGCGCCCCCACCUGGAGUUGGACCCUGGGAGCGGUGGAGAUUUUGGACUCGAGAUUCCAUCCAAGACCGCUGCACCGGCUGCUUGGAGAGCAGGUGGCUUCCUAUUUCGGGCAUUCCGUGGCUGUCACUGACGUCAACGGGGAUGGGAGGCACGAUCUGCUGAUAGGAGCGCCCCUAUACAUGGACCACAAACUAGCCGAAGUGGGGCGUGUGUACUUGUUCCUGCAGCCCCGUCACCUUCACAUGCUGGGCUCCCACAGCCUCCUGCUGACUGGCACCCAGCUCUACGGGCAAUUUGGCUCCGCAAUUGCUCCACUGGGCGACCUUGACCUGGAUGGCUAUAACGAUGUUGCAGUGGCUGCGCCCUACGGGGGUCCCAGCGGUCGGGGCCAGGUGCUGGUGUAUCAGGGCCAGAGUGAGGGACUGAGCUCUCGCCCAUCCCAGGUCCUGGACAGCCCCUUUCCUGAAGGCUCCGGCUUCGGUUUCGCCCUGAGAGGUGCCACGGACAUUGAUGACAAUGGAUACCCAGACCUGCUGGUGGGAGCUUACGGGGCCAGCAAAGUGGCAGUAUACAGAGCUCUGCCUGUAGUAAAGGCCAACGUCCAGCUGUUGAUGCAAGAUUUCCUGAACCCUGCUGUGAAGAACUGUACUCUUCCGCGGACCAGCACUGCAGUGAGCUGCUUUGACAUCAAGCUGUGUGUGGGAGCCACCGGGCACAACAUUCCCCAGAAGCUGCGUGUGAACGCAGAGCUGCAGCUGGACCGGCAGAAGCCCCGCCAGGGCCGGCGCAUGCUGUUCCUGGGCUCUGAGCAGGCGAGCACAACCCUGACCCUGGACCUGGGCGGGCAGCGCAGCCCCAUCUGCCACACCACCAAAGCCUUCCUGCGGGAUGAGGCUGAUUUCCGGGACAAGCUGAGCCCCAUCGUGCUCAGUUUCGACUUGUCCCUGCAGCCUGAGGAGGCUGGAUUGUCCCCUACUGUCGUGCUGCAUGGAGACACCCAUGUCCAGAAACAGACCCGUAUCAUUCUGGACUGUGGGGAGGACGACCUGUGUGUGCCCCAGCUUGAGCUCGCUGCCAGCAUGAGGGGCUCCCCACUCCUGAUUGGGCCUGACAAUGUGCUGGAGCUUCAGAUGAACGCUACCAACAAAGGCGAGGGGGCAUAUGAGGCCGAGCUGGUCGUGCACCUGCCCCCGGGUGCCCACUACAUGCGAGCCCUCAGCAACAUUGAGGGGUUUGAAAGGCUCAUCUGUAACCAGAAGAAAGAGAACAAGACCAAGGUGGUGCUGUGUGAGCUGGGCAACCCCAUGAAGAUGGACGCCCAGAUUGAAAUCACGAUGCUGGUGAGUGUGGGGAACCUAGAAGAGGCUGGGGAGUUUGUGUCCUUCCAGCUGCAGAUCAGGAGCAAGAAUAGCCAGAAUCCAAACAGCGAGAUGGUGUUGCUGUCUGUGCCAAUCAUGGCAGAGGCCCACGUGGAACUGCGAGGGAACUCCAUUCCAGCCACCCUGGUGGUGGUGGCUGAAGAAGAUGACGAGGAGGAGAAAAACUCAGACACCUUGGGCCCCAAAGUGCAGCAUACCUAUGAGCUCUACAACAGAGGCCCGGGGGCUGUCAGGGGCCUGCGUCUCAGCCUGUACAUCCCCAGCCAGUCCCAGCCCUCUGACUUGCUCUACAUCUUGGAUGUGCAACCCCAGGGAGGACUCCAGUGCUCCCCACAGCCCUCCCCUAACCCCCUCAAGCUGGACUGGAGGCUGCCCACCCCCAGCCCAUCCCCAGCUCGUCACAAGCGGGAGCGCAGACAGGCACCUGCACCAGGCAGGCAGCAGCCCUUGGAGCAGGAGGACCCAGUUCUAGUGGACUGCGAGUCAGCACCCUGUACUGUCGUGGAGUGUGAGCUGGAGGAGAUGGAGCGCGGCCAGCGGGCCAUGGUCACCAUGCUGGCUGUCUCCCGGCUGCCCAGCCUCCGCCAGAACCUAUCUAAUCAGUUUGUCCUGGAGUCCCAUGCAUGGUUCAACGUCUCCUCCCUUCCGUAUGCGGUGCCUGUGCUCAGCCUCCCCAGCGGGGAAGCACAUGUGAACACUUACCUGGUUCGGGUGUUGGAAGAUGAGGCCAUUCCUAUCUGGUGGAUCCUGGUAGCCGUGCUUGGCGGUCUGCUGCUGCUCACACUCGUGGUCCUGGCCAUGUGGAAGGUCGGCUUCUUCAAGCGGAACCGCCCUCCCCUAGAAGGGGAAGAUGAUGAGGAGGAAGAGUGA